GCUCCUACUCCUCCUGCCACCCCAAGAAAAUCCACGGCUUCAGCAACGCUGCCUGAGCAUCUUGCCCGUCUCGUGUCUUUACAGAGCUCUCUUCAUCAUGCGUUAUCACACUCACUUGCCACUGCCGCUGUGUGUCCUUCUUCAGACGCGGGGAUCGUUCCAAAUGUUCUGAAUAAUUAUACGAUUAACGCUGCAUCUGGACUCAGCAGGACUUGCACCUUAGAUGAUAUCAAACGUCUCUGCUGGCUCUGGGAAUGGGACGGAAAGAAGUUGCCCGACAGCGACGAUGACAAUCCCUUCCUCGAAAACUCAGAACCGAAAGUCGAACAGCCUAAACAAUGGAGACGUGGCGGAACAGGACAUGUGAUCACUCCAACCACGUACCUACCGAAAUCUAGUGGGAGACGCGUCCCUGCAUAUGGCAUAGGUAUUGAAGUAGAGAUGGACAUCGAUAAGCAAAUGACGGGCGGUAUGGCUGCUGUGGCUCGAUGGACUGCGAAUGGUGACCAGCGAAUAAAGGCACUUACCAAAAGGUUGCAUCGUUGGGUUGAGUUGCACGCGAAAUCUGCCAAUAUUCCAAACAUCCCUUCUGCAGACUUCCCUCCGCUCGUACAGGCAGUGCCUAAGCAGUCCGCUCUAACCCAGCGGCUCGUAUCUCUUUCUCCCAAGUCUCCCAAGUCAGCGGCACCUUCUAAAUCGGUGGCUCCUCUCGAGUGCCCUCCUUCUCCAACACGCUCUUCCCCGACAAAACCUCGCGUGAUUACCGGGAAACGUACACCUCGAGAGUUUGCUGUUCCUUUCCCGAUCACACCAAAGUCACUUCCACGAACCAAACUAACUGCGAAACCUUCUGACAUUCCUUUCCCUCAAACUCCAUCCACGACUCGAAUAUCCAGGACUGUACCAGUUACACCCAGUACUCUUCGAACACCAGCCUUAUCAGAUGCAUCCAGCUCUUCUAGGCCAGCGACACCUGUAAAGCAAACCGGGCCAGAUGCGAGCACUAGACCAGAAACCCCGACAACAUCUCGUCGUGCAGCGUUGUAUGAGCGGAUCCGAAAACGAUCCGAAUGUCAAGUCCCGUCAACUCCUUCCAAGCCACGCAUAGCUAAGUCGUCAACUAUGACGAAGGAUGAGCUCUUGAAGCUCAGUCAAGAUGAGAUGCGUAGACGAUGUCUUCUGGGUCGUCUCGGUGGCGUUGCUGAGAGCAUUUGGAUGUAUUUUGCAUCUCCCACCAACUCUACAUCCUUGACGGCAACACCAAGGAAACGCAAGGCACAACCGAGUGCAGAAGUGGCAGAGGCAAUCGUCAAGUCAUCACCCGUGCCCAUUUCCAGUGCAGAAGCACAUGAGUCCAUUGACUUGCUCUUCUCACUAUGUCCCUUCUUCCUCAAGAAAAUUGACGUUGGGGGUGAAGAGUGGCUCGAGAUGCCUACAUCGUCUGGUGGGGGAUCCCAACCCAGUGUGCCCGCGAGCCCUACUCGGAGACUGGGUGGCGCAAACAAUAGUGAUGAAGAGGUUAAGACGCUCAGCCCAAAGCGUGUCAAACACGAUGCGGGAGGAUUGCGAGAAGUUCGUGAACGCAUCAAGCGAGAACUCGAGUCCACUGACUGA